UUACAAAUUUCUGGAAAAAGGUCCAUCGAGAAAAUUUAUUCACUUCUUGACGAUCUAAAUUCCCAUUUUUCAGACUUGACCGAAAUAUGUAUUGGGCGUCACAUCAAGUUCUCAAGAGUGAACACGUUGGGACAAAUUUAGAACCACGUACGAGAUAAAUCAUAUAAAAAUUGAAAAAUCUCCUGCAUAUACUUUUAUAUUAAAUUGAAAAAUAGGGGAAAUAAUUUUGAGGAAUUUUCAGGAGGCCUUUGUGUCAAGGUCAAGACUUCGCCUUGAGGAGAGAAUCUCCAGAGGAAAUUUGAAGAACUUCUUAUCGUAGUCGUUGUGGAUAGUUCGAGAGACAAGAAAAAGAGGGAGAGAAGACGAUGACGAGAUAGACUCGAAACUAGAAGGGAAGAGGGACCAGAGGGGUUGGCCGAGGUCCUCAUCGUCGUUUCGACGACAGUUUCUCGCGAGUGCGAGUUGUAACCGAGUACCGCGACUAACGAGAGAGUGAUCGAGGCCCGCCAGCUCGGCUCAUCGUGAACAGUGCUUAGUGAACCGAAAUGACGGGCUCGCGGUUAAGACCCGCGAUCUUCGUCGGCCUCUUCCUCGGCCUCCUAGCCGCUUCCUUGCAGGGGGUGCAAGGUGAAGAGGAGCUAGAGCCGGUGCCCUCGGAAGACUUGUGUCGACCCUACAUUGAAAAGGCGUUAAAGGAUCUUGGCACAGGAUCUGUCGAGCAGACCAGUGCCGAAGUCGAGGCUGGGGACAAUCUUCAAGAUACUGGAAACGAGGAGAUAAGCGUGCAAGACGAUGAGCCAGCGAGCAAAGAUGACGAAUCUCAGGAAGCUGACCAGGACAGUGGCGGUGGAGAGGUAGUGGAUCUCCCAAGCGAAGAGGUUCACGUCGAACAUGAAUCCGCCGAAAAAACGGACGACAGUGACGAGACUGCUGAACAGAAAGAUGAAAAAUCGGAAGAAAAGCCGGAGGAAAUCGAAGUAAUUGCCGAGGACUCGAAGGAAGCUGAGAAAGUUUCGAAAGAAGAGAUCGAAACGUCUUCAAAGGAGGACGCUGAGAAAGAUUCGAAAGAAACUGCCGAUGACUCGACAGAAGCAGCAGACAAAGUUUCGAAAGAGACUGAUUCAGAAUCAGAUGGUACCAAUUUAAAAGAAGGCACAGAUUCUAAAGAAGAUGGUACAGCUUCUAAAGAAGAUGGUACAGAUUCUAAAGAAGAUGGUACAGAUUCAAAAGAAGACGGUACAGAUUCAAAAGAAGGUGAUACAAAUUCAAAGGAAGAUGCCACAGAAUCAAAAGAAGAUACAGAUUCAAAACAUGACACUAAGGACUCUAAAGAAGACGAUAUCGAUUCCAAAGAAGCUGACAAGACUUCGAAAGAAAGCGCCGAGGCUGCAGGAGGAGCAGAGAAAAUCGAGGACGAAUCCGUAGAGAAAAAGGAUGAAGACGAUUCGAAAAUAGAUUCAAAGGAAGAUGUGAAAGAGGAUUCUAAGGAAGAAGCUCACGAUGAUAAAUCAGUUGCGAGUAAAGAAGAUGCAGCAGACUCGGGAGAAAAAAGCGAAGAAGUAGACGGAAAGUCCGAAACUGAUUCAAAGGAAGAUGCAAGCAAACAAAUCGACAGUAAAGAAAAUAACGAAACCGACAGUAAAGACGAUUCACAAGAAACUAAAGAUUCAAAGGAAGAAGUAGAUUCACAAGAAAUUAAAUCUCGUGGUCGAAGAGAAGUCGGCGAAAAUGUCGAGCAAUCCGACGAAACAAGCAAAGAAGGCGAAGGCGACGGAAGCAACGAAGGAGACUCCACGCCAGAGGAGGAAUUAAUUCAGGAAAUAGAGAUUCCGGAGAAUUUACGACCAAGAGAUCACAUUAGUCAAAUAUUGAAAUUAGAUGAAGACAAUGAAGUGAAAGAGAAGGCUAUCGAAAAAGUAUCUGACAUUAUACUCAAGGAAUUGAAAAAAGUCUAUGACAAUGCAAUUCAACCUCUGGAGACGCUAUACAAAUACAGAGAUCUUAGUAAUAGACACUUCGGAGAUCCGGAAAUAUUUUCGAAACCCCUUGUGCUGUUUAUGGGACCUUGGAGUGGAGGAAAAUCGUCAAUUAUCAAUUAUCUUCUGGACAAUGAGUACAAAAUGUCUUCCUUGAGAACAGGAGCUGAACCAUCGCCGGCUUAUUUCAAUAUUUUGAUGUACGGCGAAGAGGAGGAAGUUUUAGACGGUACGCAAUUGGCAGCCGAUUGGACAUUUUCUGGACUGCAAAAAUUCGGGCAGGGUUUGCUCGAUCGUCUUCGGGGUCUUCGUUUGAAAAACAAAUUGUUAGAGAAGGUUAAUAUUGUCGAGAUUCCCGGAAUUCUGGAAGUUCGGAAACAAGUACAGCGUCUCUUUCCGUUUAACGACGCGUGCCAGUGGUUUAUCGAUAGAGCAGAUAUUAUUUUCCUGGUCUACGAUCCUUCAAAGUUGGACGUUGGACCCGAGACAGAGGCCAUUCUCGAUCAACUGAAGGGUCGCGAAUACCAGACGAGGAUAAUUUUGAACAAAGCAGAUCAGGUGAAACCAGAGGAACUAAUGAGGGUCCAGGGGGCUUUGAUUUGGAACAUUUCGCCCCUGAUGUCAAGUGCAGAACCGCCGGUAAUGUACUCAACGUCUCUUUGGUCAAUGCCCUACGAGGCCGGAGCUCCGACCAGAUUGCUCUACGCCCAGGAACGAGCUCUCCUUCGAGACUUACGUUCCGCCAUUGAUAAAAGAGUCGAGCACAAAAUCGCUAGCGCCAGAAGAUUCGCAGUGCGAGUGCGCAACCACGCGAAAAUGGUGGACUGCUACCUGACGACCUACUACAAUCACAAGACAUUCUUCGGCAACAAGAGGGACAUUAGUGACAAGAUUGUCGAAAAUCCCCAGGAUUAUCACAUUUACGAGGGUCUCAGUACGUUGACAAAUAUCUCUCGCUACGAUCUUCCUGAUCCGGACGUUUAUCGGGACUUUUUCCGUCUUGACGCUCUCUACGAUUUCCCUCUGCUCAGCUCCACGUGCACCUACUUCCGUGGCUGUCCAAUCAACAGGCUCGACGUCGCGAUUGCCUACGAUCUUCCGGAACUCGUUGGAAAGUACAAGAAAACCGUUGACGCCGCUAUUAACGAGAGUGACCCCGGUUCCACCAGUUGAACUCUCGACAAAUUUUCCAUCAAAUAAAACAAAAUAAUUUUUCAAUUCAAAGCGAGCGAAAAAACCCCGAAUUUGUGGGGCCAAUCUCGCGUAUUUAGCGAAAAACCGAAUUAUCCAAAACUCUAAAUUUACUCUAAUUCGAACAAAAUCUGAUUAAAUUCUGAACACAUGGAAAUUUUAUAAUUUAUUCACACUGCCAUUUGAAGUAAUUGACUUUUCAUGGAAGUAAUUUUCAAACAACGAUCAUAAUAUUAAUGGAAGAAAUUUUUGAAAUAAAACGAGUUCAGAAUUUUUCUGAGGACGACAAAGUGGUUUACAGUAUAUUACUGUAUUGUCCUCUCCUAAGGGGAAUCUACAUCUAGAGUAACUAAUUUAAUUUUUUUUUCCAUUCUGUGAGAUGUGAAAAUGUUAUUCGUGUGCAUGAUGUACGAAAAAAAGCUUUUAUUCCUUCAAUAAUCAAAGAAGAUCGUUUCAUCUUUCUAUUUCUUACAAAGACCCUUCGAGUCCAACUUGAAAUUGUCAACAUCAGCUACUGAGAUGUUUUUUUAGAAACGUGAUGUUUGAUUGUCAUAGGCUAAUUUAUAAACUUAAUUUUAAUUUGUACACCUACUUUUAAAUCAUAUACAUAAUUAAAAUUAGAGAACUUUCUCUAAUUCUCUAUAUAAAUUUACUUUACAAAUUUACCAUAUAAAUUUAAUAUUCUACUAUAUAAAUUUAAUUAUAACUCAUGUAAUAUUGUAGUUUAUGUGUAGUUUAUAGAAGAAAAGUCAAUAUUAAAUUUUAGAAAAUUAUUUAUAAAUGAAAAA